AAACACUUAUUGGAUUUUCUCUUCUCAAAGCGGAUAAGUGGAUGAGCUUCACUUCAUCUCAAGACAUUGAAUCAUCUGUUUGUUAUUCUCGAUCCAGUUAAUCAUUUGUGAUUUUCUUUUCUCCUUCUAACUGCUAAUCAACCAGAGAACAAUUAAUUUCUGUUUACUGUAAUCAUGUACUUUGCUUAUUUGACUGGUAUUCUUUUUACCUUAAUUGUAACAACACCAACAAAAGUAACAUCACACAGAGAAAAAUGUAUUGGUUUAAAUUGUUCCCAAGGCAUUACAAAAAUCCGAAUCGUUGGUGAGCUUGAAGGUUCCAACUAUACGAAAACUUGUCCCGACAAUAGGACAAUUUGCGAGGACGACGAAACUUGUUGUGCUGUGACAAUCGGAGGAUAUGGAUGCUGUGAUCCCGAUCAUAGUAAAUGCUGUGGUGAUGGUGUCCAUUGCUGUCCAAACGAUCGAGUGGUCAAGCCUAAAAUCCAUCGAAUCCCUUUGGUAUCAAGUAAUGUGAAAUCAACUCUUGGCCAAUUGAAUAGAGUUGAUGUUGACUUAUUUAAUAGUUCGAGUUCGAUUGGUACACAAUGUCCAGGGUCAUCAUUCGAAUGCCAAUCUCAGAAUACCUGUUGCAAAGAUCCACAAGGUAGUUGGGCUUGUUGUCCAUACCCUAGUGCUAACUGUUGCUCUGAUGGACUGCACUGUUGUCCAAACGGAUAUAAAUGUCGAUUAGAUCUUGGCAAAUGUGUUCGUUCAAAUAAAAAGACCAUCUCACCUCGAAAAUAAAUGCAAAUGAAAAGUGACCUUUACAUUUAUCACAUCAAAUCAAUAAUAAUAAUCUACUAUGAUUUUGAUUGUUUAUUUUGAUCUUUUCUUUUCUCUUUUUUUCUCUAUGGUGAAAAAUAUCACCAAUAAUCACAAUGUAAUCCAAUACUCUUACGUUUUUAAUCCAAAAAAGGUAAAGUUUAAGUUAUGUAUUAAUAAAAGAAACAGUAAAAUUAAUCUAA